UCUCUCAAUCUCUCUGUCCCUCCCUUUGCCCCCUACACGCGUGUUCUCGUCAACAGAUCUCCAGAGGUGGUGCAGAAACGACCCCGCGCCGGCGCCCCAUCCUGCUGCCAGUGCCUCCGCGCCCCGGCUCCGGUCCCCACCGUCCCCGCCCCAGAUUUCCGGAGGAGCGGGCGGGCGGGGUCCCGCGGGGCCGGCUGCCGUCAGCGCCCCUUCCCGGCGGCCGCGACCCCUCCCCGCUGACCUCACUCGAGCCGCCGCCUGGCGCAGAUAUAAGCGGCGGCCCAUCUGAAGAGGGCUCGGCAGGCGCCCGGGGUCCUCAGCGCUGCGGACUCCUGACCUGCCGACUGCGGAUCCCGAGUCCCCGGAUCCCGGACCCAUCCUGUGGAGCCCACUCCUGGCAGACGCCGCGAUGCCCGGCCCUUGGUUGCUGCUCGCCCUGGCUUUGACCCUGAACCUGACCGGUGUCCCCGGCGGCCGUGCUCAGCCAGAGGCGGCCCAGCAGGAGGCAGUGACGGCCGCGGAGCGUCCGGGCCUGGAUGACUUCCUGCGCCAGGUGGAGCGCCUCCUCUUCCUCCGGGAAAACAUCCAGCGGCUGCAAGGGGACCAGGGUGAGCACUCCGCGUCCCAGAUCCUUCAAUCUGACUGGCUCUCCAAACGUCAGCAUCCAGGCAAAAGAGAGGAGGAGGAGGAAGAGGGAGUUGAAGAAGAGGAAGAGGAAGAAGAGGGGGCUAUGGGACCCCACAAACGGCAGCACCCUGGCCGACGAGAAGAUGAGGCUUCAUGGUCAGUCGAUGUAACCCAGCACAAGAGGCAGCAUCCUGGCCGGCGCUCCCCCUGGCUUGGGUAUGCUGUCCCAAAGCGGCAGCACCCAGGCAGAAGGCUGGCGGAUCCCAAGGCUCAAAGGAGCUGGGAAGAAGAGGAGGAGGAGGAAGAGAGAGAGGAAGACCUGAUGCCUGAGAAACGCCAGCAUCCGGGCAAGAGGGCCCUGGGAGGCCCCUGUGGGCCCCAGGGAGCCUGUGGUCAAGCGGGCCUCCUGCUGGGGCUCCUGGAUGACCUGAGCAGGAGCCAGGGAGCUGAGGAAAAGCGGCAGCACCCUGGUCGGCGGGCAGCCUGGGUCAGGGAGCCCCCAGAGGAGUGAACCCAGUUUUCCCUGAAGUCGAGUUUGUGAUCUAAGGAUGUCUUGAGCCUGUGUGCCCCACCA